AAAUAAAAAAAAAAAUUAUCAAAAUUUUUUUUCGCUUGAAAUUUUUUAAUUUUAAAUUUCCGUCCACACACAAAACAUACACACGCAUAUUACUCUUUUCGAUUUUAAAAAAAAAAAAAAUUUAUUUUUUAAUAAUUUUCUAAUAAACAAAAUUUAAUAUAGAAAAACAAGAAAAUCCAAUUUUCACCCCAAUCAUAGACCCCAAAAAUAAUUUUGAUUUUAAUUAAUUAUAAAAAAAAAAAAACUAUUUAAAAAUAAAUGCAAAAAUUUAUAAUAAUAAAAAAGUUAAAAAAAACUUAAAUACAAAUUAAAAAACAAAAAGGAACAAUAAACAAACAAACAAAAAAGCAAAGAAUAUUUUGAAAAUAUUUGCAAAAACAAAAAAUGUUAUUAGAUAUGGAGCCUCAACAAACUGCAGCGUCGUUUAUGUCGUCGCUUAACAUAUCACCAUUUUCAAUGAAUUUAGUUGAUCAAUCACCAUCAUCACCAGUACAUGGUACAACAUCUUCCACAACAAAUCCAAAUAAUAAUAAUAAUAAUAACAAUAAUAAUAAUACAAAUAACAACAAUAAUAAUAAUAUUACAAAUAAUAAUAAUAAUACACAAUCAUCAGAUGGAUUAAAUACAUCUGGUAAUACUGGUGAUCAUAAUAUAUCACCACCAGAUUAUGUAUAUGCAAUUGGUAACACUGCUUUACAUAUGAACAGUAAUAAUAACAAUAAUAAUAAUACAAAUAAUAAUAAUAACAAUACAACAACAAAUAAUAAUAAUAAUCAUAGUAGUGGACAACAACAGCCACAACAUCAUCAUCAUCAACAACAACAACAUCAACAUAUUGUUUCUACUGCACAUAUUCAACAACAGCAGCAGCAACAACAACAGCAGCAGCAGCAACAACAACAACAAUCAUAUAAUAAUUACAAUCAAUAUCAAAUUCCAACAAAUCCGAAUUUUUCAUAUUCAUACAUUUAUAAUAUUGAUUCACCGUAUAUUUUUUCAACAGGUUAUCAAGAUAAUACAUCAUCAAAUUCCCAGCAUAGUGCUGGUGGUGGUAGUAGUAUAAAUGGUGGUGGAUCUGGUAGUAAUGGUAUACCAGGUGGUGGGGGUGGCGGUGGUGGUGGUGGUGGUGGCGGCGGCGGAGGAAAUGGUGGUAAUAGUAAUAAUGGUCCAGGUACAAAUAAUAAUUUAUCUGGAUCUGGUCAACAAAAUAUAUUAGGAAAUGGUAAUAAUAAUAAUACAACAGGAUCAACUAGUUAUAAUUCAUUAUUACCACCACCAGUUGUUAAUUCAAUUGGUGGUGCUAUUGGUAUAUCAGUUGGUGUUGGUCCUGGCGGUCAUAACGGUAAUACAAUACAAAGUGGUAAUAUCGGUGGUGUUAGCGGUAAUAUUAAUCAUGGUCAUGUUACUGGUGCUGGACAUCAUCAUGGCCAUGGUCAUGGUGGUGGUAACAGUAGUAGUCACGGGAAUAUUACAAAUGAUCCAUUGGAUUUUAAAUAUUUAUUUGAAGAAUUAUGCCCAGUAUGUGGUGAUAAAGUUAGCGGUUAUCAUUAUGGUUUAUUAACAUGUGAAUCAUGUAAAGGAUUUUUUAAACGUACAGUACAAAAUAAAAAAGUUUAUACAUGUGUUGCCGAACGUUCAUGUCAUAUUGAUAAAACACAACGUAAACGUUGCCCAUAUUGUCGUUUUCAAAAAUGUUUAGAAGUUGGAAUGAAAUUAGAAGCUGUGAGAGCCGAUCGAAUGCGCGGUGGUAGAAAUAAAUUUGGGCCAAUGUAUAAACGUGAUAGAGCGAGAAAAUUACAAAUGAUGAGACAACGACAACUGGCAUUACAGGCAAUCAGAUCAUCUAUGGGUACAACGGAUAUAAAACCUGGACAAAUAUCACCAUCUGCUUAUACACAAUCAUAUCCAAGUAUGAGUAUCAAACAGGAAAUUCAAAUACCACAGGUAUCAUCACUAACGCAAUCACCAGAUUCAUCACCGAGUCCAAUAGCAAUUGCUCUUGGUCAAGUUAAUCCUUCAGCAAUAAUUGCAACAUCAUUAAGUGGUAAUGGUGGUAAUGGUUCAACGACAACAACAACAAUUAGUGGUACAAAUAGUGGUGGUACAAGUAGUGCUAGUUGUGGUCAAGAUUCAAGUUCUGGAUCUCUUCAACAUUCAUCUGAAUCAAAAAUAUGUUUUGAUUCUGGUACGAAUCCAUCAAGUACAGCUGAUUCAGCAGUAGAGCCAUUAAGGGUUUCACCUAUGAUUAGAGAAUUCGUCCAAUCAAUUGAUGAUAGAGAAUGGCAAACGCAAUUAUUUGCAUUAUUACAAAAACAGUCGUAUAAUCAGGUGGAAGUAGAUCUCUUUGAAUUGAUGUGUAAAGUACUAGAUCAGAAUCUUUUCUCACAAGUUGAUUGGGCUAGAAAUACGAUAUUUUUUAAGGAUCUCAAAGUUGAUGAUCAAAUGAAAUUACUUCAACAUUCAUGGUCUGAUAUGUUAGUAUUAGAUCAUUUACAUCAAAGAAUACAUAAUGGCUUGCCAGAUGAAACACAAUUAAAUAAUGGUCAAGUAUUUAAUUUAUUAGGUUUGGGAUUACUUGGAGUUCCUCAAUUAGCUGAUUAUUUUAAUGAAUUACAAAAUAAAUUAACAGAAUUAAAAUUUGACAUGGGAGAUUAUGUUUGCAUGAAAUUUUUAAUAUUACUUAAUCCAAAUGUCCGAGGAAUUGUUAAUAAGAGAACGGUAUUAGAAGGACAUGAAAAUGUUCAAGCUGCCCUCUUGGAUUAUACACUUACUUGUUAUCCAACAGUAACGGACAAAUUUAGUCGUUUAUUAAGCAUUUUACCUGAAAUACAUGCAAUGGCCACCAGAGGUGAAGAACAUUUAUAUGCUAAACAUUGUGCCGGUAGUGCACCAACGCAAACGUUACUUAUGGAAAUGUUACAUGCUAAAAGAAAAAUUUAAAGAUUUGCAUUACAAAAAAAAACAAACAUCUCAUAUAACAUCAAAGGCAUGAUUUUCAAUCAAAAUCCAGUUUCCGAUUUACAUAUAAAUGGAGAGCAAACAAAUAAAUGAAAAUACAAAUCAAAAUCAUAAGGAAACCACAAUAACACAAUAUAGAUGAGAAAGUUUUUAUAUAAAUGUUCUAUAUAUAAAAUAAGAAUAAAAUUUUAGUGAUAUAUUAAUUAAGAAAAUAUAAGAAUAAUAAGGAAACAGCAAAACAUUUUUUAAAGAAAAAUGCAAAAUGAAUGAAGGAGAAGAGAAACAAGAACAACAAAAAAAAUAUACAACAAAAGAAUUAAAGAAAUAGAAUUAUAGAUUAAAAUUAUAGAAAAAGAUGAAGAAAAAAAAACCAACGUAAAUAAUAUCAAAAAAAAAAUUAAAAUGUAAAAAUAUUACAUAAAUGAAAUUAAAAACAAAAUAAUUUAUUGUAUAAUAAAAAAAAAUAAAUUAAAAGAAAAAGAAAAGCUUCAAAACUACCAUUAAUAAAAUAAAUAAAUAAUAAUAAAAAAAAAACUAUGGCUGAAAGAGCACGCAUUAAUUUAGUUCUUAUAUAUUUUAAUUUUAAUUUUAUUUUUUCUUUUUCUUUCUUGUUUCUUGAAUAAUUAAAAAAUUUUAAUUUUAAGUGGAGAAAUGUUAAAUAAUAUUAAAAAGAAACAGAAUAAAUUUGUAAUUAAUGUUCAUAUAUGUAUUUAAAAAUAAAUUAAAAUUAUUAAAAAAAAAAAACAAAAAGAAUUAAUCAAGAUAAAUAUUUUAUUUUUAUAAAUAUUAAAAAUUAAAAAAAUA